UCAAAUACUGACGCCCAAAUUGGCAAACAAGAAUUUCAAGACGAGAGUGGAUAGAUAGUCGAUAUAAGUUAUUAUAACAGAUUAUUAAAGAUGCAUUUAUUCAUUCUAUACAUUCUCGUAGUUAUCGUAAGUGUUAAUGUGAGGUCAAUGCCAGAACCACUUUGUCCAAAGUUCUCUUAUGACCAACAAUUGCUUGAAAAAAUGGUUCGUGUGGAAUUUAAUGUGAACAACAUGGAGAAAAAUAUGUUAGAAACGGAAACAAGAAUAAAAGAAACCGAGCAGAAGAUGGCAGAGACACGGACCGAACUUAUGGGAACAAAGGACACUGUGCUAAACACAUUGAAAGAAAUAAAUGAAAAAUUGGAUUUGCUUGAACAGAAAAAAGAGUCGACAGGUAAGGAUGUCGUGGCAUUUCAUGCACACAAAAUCGCCGACAAAUCAGUUACCAAUAAGCAGGUGUUCGUCUUCACCGAGGUUCUAUUGAACGAAGGCAGCGGAUACUCUAGUACCGACGGAUAUUUCACAGCACCUGUAAGCGGGAUCUACUACUUUAAUUGCCAUCUAUGUGUAACAAAUAAGAAAAACCUUGAGUAUAUAUUUGUAGUGAAUAGUAAGACACAUGCAAGUGGAUUAUUUACAGCUAAUGGAGAAGGAAGAUGUACAUCAUUCAGUGUGACUGUACGCAUGCGUUCAUCGGAACGUGCUUGGGUUACAAUUGACAAAUCGGGGUCCUCUUCUGAGAAUCUACUGUUUGAGGAUUCUGAUGACUGGAACUAUUUCUCUGGAUUCCUAGUACGCCAAACAGCAUGAAGACAAUGUGUAUAAACCAAGUAUUGACACUGUAAAAAUAUUUGUAAGAUUUUUCUUAAAUAUAUGCCCAAUAAAUAUAUUCAAUGUUUGAUUGAUAAAAGGGCUGAAUUACACGAAUGAAAUAUUCAUUUUUAAACAAUAGACAGCGGUGGUUUUCAGAUAUGUGUAAGCACGUUUACUGUAUUUUGCCGCCAGAAACAUUAUCAAAGAAUAGCAUACGGACAUACGCAAAUGUUAGCAUGAACUAAAAAAAAUCAUUUAUCAUUUUAAAUAAGGUUGAAUGUUUUUAGAUACGUUAUAUGCAAUAUUCCUCCUGGAAAUCGAAAGUUGUUCUCUCUGACCAAUUUUUAGGAAUGUGAAUAUGUGAAUACUUCAAAAGAGUAAUUCUAAUAUUGUGUUGUAUUUUUAUGAGUUUUCUACAUUGAUCGUGUAUGAUAGUAAAAAUACCACAUGUUGUGGAUAUAGAAAGGAUUAUAAGUUUGCCUAUACUAGACUUAGUACUUAUUUGUAUAUUCAGUCUGCGGUUUAAAUUUUUAAUUAUGAUAAUAAAAUUCAACUUAACACGUUGUUAUAUAUUAGACAGUAAACAUUCUGUUUUUUUCUGUUUGUUUGUUUGUUGUUUUUUUUCUUUUCGUUUUUUAGCUAGCUCAGGGUGAGCUUUUAGGAUCUUUGAAUCCACAUUUGUUCGUUAAUACUCUAGUGGUUAUAUAUUUGCCUCAAUCAUCAUCAAAUAUGAUUAACAAGAUCAACAAGGAAAAGGCGGUGUUCAUGAACGCACCCCCCCCCACGAUCCAGCAACAAUAUCCCGUGGCAAGGAGCCACUUUGUCAAACUUUGUCAGGAUGCUUGCCUAGCUAAUUGCUCAGGUGAGUUCGAACAUGGAUCAUCUCGGAUGAAAAACUAGGUCACAGGAGCUAAAAAUAGAAAAUUCUUGUUAAUACUCUAGAAGCUUCUGUUUUGAUCCAAAUAUCCUGGAAAUUCGUCCGAAGGAUUAUUGAUAUAAUUUCAAAUCAAUUUGAAAUAUGGGUCAGUUGGAGUCACACCACCCAAAUAUGGAUAAACCUUGUUAACUCUCUAGUAUGCACAUUUUAACUCAAUUACAAUCAAACUUGGCCAGGAAGCUUUAUCAGUAAUUCCUGAGAGGAGUUUUAACAUGGGUCAUCUCGGAUGAAACGCUAAGUCACAGUAGCUUAAAAUAGAAAAAUCUUGAUAAGACUCAAGUGACUACUGUUUCGACCCAAAUAUGCUGGAAAUUGGUCUGUAAGUUUGUUUUGAUGAUAUUGCAGUCAAGUUAGAAUAUGGGUCACCUGGGCUCAAAAACAAGGUCACACCGCCCAAAUAUGGAAACACAUUGUUAACACUCUGGAGGUCACACUUUUGCUUCAGUUGUAAGGUCGCAGGAGCUAAAAAUAGAAAAGUUGGUUACCACUCAAGUGACUACUGUUUCAACCCAAAUUUGCUGAAAAUUGUUCUGUAAGUUUGUGUUGGACUUUCUUUAGGGAUUCUGUUUUUCUCUAUUUUGAUGAUUUUUUCAGUCAAGUUAGAAUUUGGGUCACCUGGGCUCAAAAACAAGGUCACACCGCCCAAAUAUAGAAAAAACCUUAUUGCUCCGCGCCCACAGGCGCGGAGCUAUUUGUGUUUACUAUUUUUUUUUGUCCAUGGGCCCGGAUUUGAGCAAUAAAUCCUUUCAAUUUACAGCUAAAAGUAAAUCCGCAUUCAAGAACUCCUUUCGAUUUCUAUAUUGGUUUCCCCGUCGGUGAUUCGCAGCAUGUCAUAUUAAUGAAUGAGAACCGGAAAGCAGUUCUGCUGUUACAUAAAUUCGAAAGCUAAAAAUAGCUAUAAAUGUUCUGAUUUGUUAUUUCCCUUUUUUAGUAGUAAAUGAAAUUAUAAUUUGUUACAUUUUGAAAUACAUUUACACACAGCAUAUCAAGUAUACUAUUUGUGAUUGAAUUUGUCAAUAUAAAGAAGAUUUCAGGCAUAAAAUUUUAACAAUUUUGCUUUUGAUAAUUAUUUUUAAUUUAUAUUUAUGAAAUUAAAUGUUUAAUAAUAACAUGUUGAUAUAUUGGUUGUUUUGAAAUAAUUAAACUUUAGUAUAUAAGGUUACAUUUCAUUAGCGUCAUUGGUACAGCAUACCACUUUGUGAAAAAGAAAAAAGUUAAUGGUAUGACUGGUGAC